AUGGAGUGUCUAGCAUCGCCGAGUACAUCGGGGAAGACCAGAAAACGUACGGCUCAUCCAGAAAACUGGAAACAAAACAUAGCUAAACGGCAGCGUUUUAUCUACUUAUAUAACUGUACUAUAGUAGAAGGUUCAUCAAAGGCUCCUCUGACAACAAAAAAUGUACUCGCCUACUGUUGGACCGAAGACCAAUAUGCCAAAGGAGCUAACGCAAUCGCUUCACAGACUGAUGAACACGAAUUUGACAGAUAUAAGUACGAUCAGAUUGAUAAAAACUCGAUAAUGAUAGCGAUGUGUUCGAAGUGGUUAAGUAGUUCAGCACCGGAUCACGUGAAAAUAAUUGAAAUAGUUUUUCCUAUCGUAGGACACUCAUUCAUUCCACCGGACCACGUAUUUGCUCAUGUGGAAAAGGAUGUGAGAAAGUUGGAAUGUAUAUUAAGACCGGAGGAUUACCUUGAGAUUAUAGGCACUUAUAGCACGAUAGUUCGUAUGGGUUCUGAUUGUGAAGUCCUAAACUUUAAGAGUGGAAUGAGUUCAGUUAUAAAGGAUGUCGGCUCUUGGCACUUCCAAUUUAAACAUUGUAAAAGAUUUUUAAUACAGCGGUCAAAAGAAAUUGGUAAUGUUGUAAUUCAAGGGGAAGUGCACUAUACUAAUAAUUUGGGUGUAUUGAAGAAAAUAACUCGUAAAAAUAAAAAGGCCUCUGAUUUGAAUCCUGAAGUGAUUACUCAAAACAUUGUGAGAAUCAAACCUGCAAAAUUACUCAUAGAAGAAGAGGAAGAUGCAUCACAAGAAAUUACUUGUGAAUUGCAAGUCGAGGAAAGAUGUCUAUAG